GGCUACAUGUCUGUAGCAAAGUAGUGUAGAAGCUUAUUUUUGAGGUGAUCAACAGGUUAGUGUGUCAAGUUUUUUGCUGAACUUUUUCUCACUAUUUCGGAAUAUAGCUGUCUUAAGGGAUGGGAAAGACACCUGUGGUUAGCCUCCAGCGGUACCUGAGCGUCAGGUAGUGUCACUGCAAAUGCAAUGCAGUCGCGUCACUGUCAACUGUGCAACCAUAUACAAUGAAGAAGAUAUUUAACUUCACAAAGAAAAAGAAAGGCUUUUCUCCAAACGCCUCUGAUUCAGGGAGUGUUCUGUCCGUCGGUUAUGAUUUGAAAGACAAGGACCUUGGGAAGGUCCACAAAGCUGCUUCUGUGGGCGACUUGGCAAAGCUAAAGCAGCUUGCCAAAAAAAAUGACAUUAAUCAACUUGACAAGGAGAACAGAACAGCACUUCAUAUUGCUUGUGCCAAUGGACAUGCAGAGGUGGUCCAGUUCCUGGUUGAGAGCAAAGCAAAGCUCAACUUAUGCGACAAUCAAAACAGGUCCGCCUUGAUGAAGGCGGUGCAGUGCCAGCAGGACCGCUGCGUGGCUCCUCUGCUGGGGCACGAGGCCGAUCCCAACCUCCUGGACAUCAACGGGAACACAGCCCUGCACCUGGCCGCCUGCAUCCCCGCCGUCUCCACCGCCAGCCUGCUCCUGGAGCACGAGGCCCACAUCAACGCUCAGAACAGGGAAGGGUAUACCCCCUUGACCAUGGCAGUGAAAGAAAACCACAUAGAGAUGGCAGAGUUUCUCUUGAAGGAAGGUGCUAAUGUGAACACUGCAGAUCAGGGCCGGAGGUCGCCGUUGAUGAUAGCUGCAUGUAAUGGACAAAUCAGCAUGGUGCGACUGCUGUUGCAGUAUGACGCAGACAUCACAGUAAAGGACACUAACGGGUGGUCAUCAGACGACUACGCAGUGAUGAAUGGACAUCAUGCUUGUUCCCAUCUCAUUAUUGAGCAUGAAACCAAGCGCAAGUCGAUGCCUUCCCCCUCACACCUCGUCCCAAGCAAGAAGAAGCAGUCCUCCAGGUUGGGCAGCUCCUCACAAGGAGUGGAAGCAGGCUUUACUCUAGGAGGGCCGGCCACUGACAGAGAUGACACUGAGGACAAUUCACAAUCAGAGUCUGUAAGUCGUGCAUCAAAAAGUGCUGCCGAUGACUGGCCUUCUUCAGAUGAAGACGAGGAUUUGGACUUAAGCCCAAAGAAACCUAACAAGCUGAACCUAAAAAAACUAAUGGGUAGCGCCAAGAGAAGUCAUAGCGCAGAUCCUCCAGAGCCCUGGAGAGAGGCUGAGUGUGAGAGAGAGAGCCAGGACACACAGGUCCAGAGCAACUCAUCCCUCCACAAGGCUUUACCUCUUAGCAGCAGAAAUCCUCAGCACCUAAUAUCCCCCUCACCCAGCUCCUUGUCCAACCCUCCCCAGAUGACCUCUACCCCAGUCCUAAGCUCCAGAAAGGAGAAAGACUCCGAUGAUGAGGAAGGUGAUGAAGAAGAGGAGGGGGAAGAGGGAGAAUCCAAAGAGGUUGGGGAGGUUGUUAAAGGAAAGAUGAGCCAUCAAACUGAAGGGGAUGAUUCCCCUACAGUUGAGGAUCAAACACCAGGCCCCAAAAGUGAUGCAGCCAAAGAGCAAAGAGACUUCCUGUCUGAGUUGGGUCUGGAGAAGGGAGAAGAUGAAGAUGACUCGUGGGAUUCUGAGUCUUGUUCCGACAGUCCAAAGAAACCUCACAGGGAGGACCCAAGUUCCCUGACUAAGGCGAACAAGAUCAUGUCCAGUAUUUCCGAGGAGGGCAAAGAAGACCUGUUAUACGUCCCCUCUUUCUUGAGGUGUUCUGGGAGCUAUAGGACACCGUGUGUAGAGCAGUGGAGGAGUGUAGGAAGCCAGGGAGCGGUAAUAAAGAACGACCCAGAGGAGGAGGAGGAGGAUGAUGUUGCUGUAGGUGAUGGGAACGACACGGCCAUCCCAGACAAGGAGACGGGCAGGAUUAAAAGGGAACCACUGUCUGUUGUAAGCAAACUGGAGUUAUCCAAAGGAGAUGCUGAGGGAAAGACAGACAUUAUGGAUGAGCUUGGGCUGGGUGAUGUGGAUGAUCUGGAAGACGCGUCCGACUGGGACACAGCCAGCACCGCAAGCCGAAGGACCCUCCCUGGGCGCAGGGUGCCCUCCCCAGGAGCAGAGCAGCUGCCACAGGCCUCCCCUGUCCCCCUGCCCGAGGCCCAGGAGCAGGACGCCCCUCCCGUACCCCCUCCAGCCCAGAGGAGCAGCCACAGCUCAGACGGGAGGUCCUGUCCGGGAGACGGCGCUCCACUGCCGAUCCCGCGCUCCUCCACGCCUCGCUCUCCUGGCCUGUCCCUGCCAUGUCCCCAGCCCCGUGUCAGGAAGACUCUGCCUCAGAGAGCCGAGAGUGAAGAAGACUCAGAUUGGGACUCGGACCAGGUGGCCUCCACCUCCAGCCCGCUCAAAGCUGCCUCACCUCUGCCAAACAUCGCUGAAAGUGACGGAGUGUUGAACCCAGAGCACGGUGUGCGUGAGCCCUCACCGCAAGAUCAGGAGAGAGAGAACAGCCCAGAGCUGGGGGAGGAGCGACCAGAGGAGAAGCCGCUGUUGAGGGAGGAGACCCCAACGAGGAAAGAGUCACCAUUGGAGGAGCCCCAAUUGAGGGAGGAGUCCCCAUUGGAGGAGGACUUUUCAGAGGAGGAGCGACCAAUAAAGGAGCCACCAGAGGUGGGUCUAAAUCUAGGAGGAUCCUAUUCAUCUAGCAGUGUUGUGAUUGGACGGUUCCUCACUCCCUUUCUGUCAUUCUGUGGUUUGGUAACUAAUGUGUUGUGGAUCCCCUUUUUUGUGUUUGCUUCGUGGUUAACCGUAUUUUUUUGUUCACUCAUGCCAUCAAAGGAGAGAGAUGUUGCGUUAGACGUAUCAGAGUUAGACCUAAGUAACCCGUACCACCUGAGCCCAGUGGGGUUCCGCGCUGGAGAGGAGGAAGAGGAGGAGGACGAGGAGGAAAGGAGAGAUCAGAAAGAAGAAACCAACGAAGGGGUACCAUGGGAGAAACGCUACGAGAAGAUCUGGGUGGAAGUGGAGAAAAGGGAGGUCAAGACCUGCUACAGGAACGUAACAGCCGAGCUGAAGGAGAAGUUUGGAGAGCUCGUGGAGUCAGAGGCCGGAAAAACAAGCUGGGAAGACUGUCCAGAGGAUCUGGACGAGCAGGUGGAAGCUGCAGGUGGAAGCGCAGAGUCGUCGUCCAGCGAUGAAGAUGAGGGGGAACCCGUUCUCCGUCCGACCGCCAGAGCCAGGAGCACUGUCCUGCUCACCAUCCCUGAGCAGAGGGAGUCAGGCCUGGAAGACUCCCAGACAGAGUCGGCUGACAACUCCCUCCGUGAGGACAGGCCCAAACCUGGCAACCACCAACCUGGCAACCACCAGCCUGCUCCGAGCGCUGGGACAAGAGGGGGUGGCACCCCGAGGCUUGUCGGGGAUGAUGCCAGUGCAGACCAGCAUCGGGAGAAGAGCAGGUCUCCUUCCCCAGCUGGAGGAAGCUGUACAAGAGGGCAUAACUCCACCAAUGUCUUCCAGGACCCAAACACGGAACCCAAACCAACCACCACAAACGUGGACUCGUCAUUGACCAACCGGGAGACCAAGCAUGAGCCUGAACCAGACUUAGCCUCCAGCCCGGAACCUGCCUGUGGGUUGCGAGGUACAGACCAAGAGUUCUCCUCCAGUUCUGAAGAAGAUCCGGAAGACACGCCCUCAAAGCCUCCGGUGUUGAGCGCCGGCCCCACAGCGCCCUCUGGUGUCUCGGAUGAAGAGCUGGAGGAGGGCCUGCAGAGGUUCAGGCAGGAGGUAGGGAUGCUGAAGGUUGUGUUCCUGGAUUUGGAGAAAGAGAAGGCCCUGCUCCAGAACGAGGUAGAGGACGACCGCCCUCACUCCUGUAGUGCCUGCCACUCCACCUUCACCUCUCUCUCUCUCUGUUUCUGUCUCUCUCUCUCUCUCUGUUUCUGUCUCUCUCACUCUCACUCUCUCGGGAGGAGAAGCUCUCUGGAGGUGCAGGACUCCAGCGCUCUGUGGGCCGCAGGACAGGCUGGGAGGGAACUACUGAAGGAAGAGCCUGACAGAGAGUCUAGAUAUCUAGAUGGAGCCGCUCAGAUGGAACAGAAACUCCAAGCUAGUGGCAGUAUAUCUCCAAGACUGGGGUCAAACAGUCCAAAGAGUGCCACGAGGGCCCCCGAGGAGCCCCAGGUCCCCCUGCAGCAGCACCUCAGUGGCAGGGAGGAGAGGGGAGCUGUAGCUAGAGAGAGGACCCCGCGGGGGGCCCCCCCAAAGCGGGCCGGGGGGGCUCGACGGCGCGGAGCCCCCCAGGCACACACCCACCUUAACGGAGACCCGCUGUCUGUGUUUGACGAUAGUACUGUCAGUGACGUGUCGGACGAUGACGGAAGGUCCCCGUCUGUUGGGAGCCGGAGAGACAAGAUUCAGCCUGCCGGUGAUGUGGAGAUGGCGGAGGACUUUGACGAGCUAACGCAGUCCUCUGACACGGGCACAGACGACAUGGACACCUCUGCAUCAGGGUACCACCACGCCUCUCUGCUCAUCAAACAGCUGGACGCCACCUCGCUAGACUCUGUGAGCGUGGUGAAGCUGCAGAACAUGUUCCACGAGUACGAGAGGACCAUCCACCGGGAGAGGGGUCGCCACGCGCGCCUGGCCGACAAGCUGAGCCAGCUGGAGGGGGAGAGCGGGGAGCUGAGGAGCGCUCUGGAGGAGGUGCGGGACCUCAAGUCUGGCCUGGAGCACAAGCAGCUGGAGCUGGAGACAGACCUCAACAACCUCAAGUUCCAGCUGAAGCAGGAGACUGAGAAGCACAGGAACGCCUCCAUGCUGUAUGAGAAGACCCGUGUGCAGCUGGGCAGGAAGGAGGAGCAGCAGCGGGCCGAGGCAGAGGACAAGCAGACCCUGCAGCUCUCCCUCAGGAACCUGGAGCUGGACAUGAGGACCCUAGCCAACAACAACAAACAGCUGGAGGAGGACCGUAGCGAGAUGCAGCGCCUGCUGGCCCAAGAGCGCAGCGCCCGCGCCCUGCAGGAGAGCCUGCUCAGCACACACCUCCGCCGGCAGCAGGAGGUGGAGGAGGAGAACCGCAGGAACGUCAGCAGGAGCAACGAGGCUCUGUCCCAGCUGACGGAGGCCAGCGACCGGGAGGGAGAGCUCCUGCAGCAGCUCUCCACCCUCCAGGAGGAGCUGGGGGGCCUGAGGGCGGAGCUGGAGCGCAGGCGCUCCCUCAGCCUGCAGGAGGAGGCUCGGCUGCUGGAGGAGAGCGAGGGCCUCCGGGAGAGACUGGAAGACGCCCGCCGCGACCUCAAGCUCAACGAGGAGGCCCUGGCCCAGACGGUGUACCAGUACAGCGGGCAGCUCAGCUCCCUGAAGGCCGAGCUGGCCGUGGCGGCGUCCCGCCUGGAGCAGGAGCGGCAGGCGCGCGAGCAGCUGGAGGCCCAGGCCGAGUCGGCCCGCACCAGGCUGGCCGGGGCCCUGCAGGAGGCGGAGCGCUGCCAGGCGGGCCGCGCCGAGGCGGAGAAGGCCCUGCAGAGGGAGAGGGACGAGAGGCUGCGCACCCAGGACAAGAGGCAGGACGAGGUGGCCAGCCAGCGCGAAGCGGUCAGCGGCCUGUCCCAGAACCUGGCCCGGGCCGAGGGCAGGGCCAACAGCCUGGAGAACGAGCUGCACCGCGUCACGCUGUCGCUCACGGAGAAGAGCCUGCUGCUGGAGGCCCUGAGCAGGGACAAGGAGCAGGCGUGCGGGCGCCUCCGCGAGCUGGAGGGGGCCGUGCAGGCGGAGCGGGAGCAGGCCGGCCGCUCCGGGGCGCGCCAGGAGGCCACCCAGGAGAGGCUGGCCCAGGUGCAGAGCGAGGCCAUGCUGCUGAGGCAGCAGCUGGAGGAGGCCCACAACAAGGGGGCGGCCAAGGAGCGCGCCGUGACGGACGCCCAGGAGCGCUUCGGCGACAUGCUGGCCCAGCUGCGCUCGGACUGCGAGGAGCGCGUCCAGCUGGCGGAGGAGAGGAGCAAGGAGCUGGCGGGCAAAGCGGCGGACCUCCGAGAGCAGGUGUACAAGCUGGAGGAGGAGAGGAACGCCAGAGAGGCUGGAGUGAGGCAGCUGCAGCAGGAGCUAGCAGACUCCCUGAAGAAGCUGUCGAUGAGCGAGGCCACCCUCGAGGUGAACACGCGCUACCGGAAUGACCUGGAGGACGAGAAGACACGACUGCUCAAGGACAUGGACAGGCUCAAGGCUAAGCUGGAGGAGAGUGAGGACCAGUACGUUCAGGCAGAGAGGCAGAUCAACGGGCUGAAGAGCAGUGUGGAUGACAGGGAGCGAGACCUCAACACCUCCGCUCACAAGCUCCAGGAGGCCCUGUCUGCCUCGGCACGAUCAGACACGACCAUCUGCCAGCUGGAGGAGGCCGUGCAGAGGCUGGAGAUUGAGAACGCCAGGCUGGAGGCCACAGCCAAACAGCAGACCAACAAGAUAGAAGCCCUGCAGAAAGCUGCCCAGGAGGCUGUGGGGCCGUCUGACUCCCAAGGAGGAGGGGUCAGGAACCGUUUGGAGGGUCUGGUGACCCACCUGCAGGGCAGCAAGAUGAGUCUGGAGGAUCAGCUCAACCAUGAGGUGCAGAAGCAGAGCGUGCUGUCUCACACGGCCCAGGACUCCCACGCGCUCUGGGAGGAGGAGCUGAAGAGCCGCUCCAAGCUGGGCCUGAGGCUGGCCGAGCUGGAGAAGGAGAAGGGGGAGCUCAGCAGUCAGAUGGACAUGGAGAAGAAGAAGGUGAGGAAGAUUGCCGACCAGAAGAAGUCAGUGGACACCAGGCUGGACCAGGAGAUGAAGAGAAACACAGAGCUACAGAAAGAAAUGUACAGGUUGAGGACCCUGGUGAAGACCGCCAAGAAGAGGCUGAGGGAGCAGGAGGGGGCGGAGCUAGGAUCUCCUCUCACCAGCCCCCGGGGGGAGCCGGGGAGACACAGCCAAUCAGAGGCAGCCGUGGGCCGCAUGAAGGACAUGGUGGAGGAGCUCCAGGGCAGGCUGGAGAAGGAGGCGUCGCGCAGCAGCCAGCUGGAGCGGGUGAACGGGGAUCUGAAGGAGCAGCUGGCCUCCACGAGAGGGCUGGGCCGCAGCCACGAGAGGCUGGAGAGGAACAAGCGUCAGCUGGAGGAGGAGCUGGCCUCGCUGCGCCGCCAGGCCGAGGCCGGGGCGCUGGACCAGAGCCAGGCAGACACGUAUCGCCGCGACGCCGAGGAGAGAGCGCGCCAGGAGGUCCGGCAGAAACUGGAGGAGGUCAAUCUCUUCCUACAGACCCAGGCAGCCUCCCAGGAGGCCCUGGAGCACAUGAAGGCAGCCAACGAGGCCAGCCUGCGCUCGCAGCUGGAGCAGCGGAUCCGGGAGCUGGAGGGGGACCUGGGCCGAGCCCGCUCCACCCAGCAGGACAGCCUGAGCCAGAGGGACUGCAGCCGGGCAGAGCUGGAGCGCUAUCGGGAGCUCUACAGCCAGGAGCUGAGCACACGCAAGGCCCUGGCGAACAAGCUGGAGAGGUCGAACGAGCGGCUGGCAGAAGCCAACACCAAGCUGCUUAGCGAGCGCCAACGCAGCAAGUCUCUCAUCACCAACAGCAUCGUCAACGGCAGCCUGGGGGGGCCCUCGCUGGACGUGGGCUCCCUGGGCUCUGUGGGGGCCUACGGGGCCGGCCUGGGGCCCCUCAACAGGAGCCUGGGCCUGGGGGGCCCCCUCCUCAGCCCCCUGGGGGACGGCAGCAGGGUGGAGGCCUACCUGUCUAAGAUGCAGAAAGAACUGGAGAAAAAUAUAUCAAAGGAAUUGGACCAUGCGGAGCAGGAGAGUCCAGCCCGGGUGUCCCCCGUUGGCUCGGCCUCCGGCUCCACCAGGAGCCUGGGGGUGGAGCUGGACCCCGUCAGCAGGGCCACACAGCAGUACCUGGAAGUGCUGAAGAGGAACUACAUGAUCUGAGACGUGCUGGAGCCACCACAGCUGCUGGGGCCCCCUCACCACGGCACUGGGGCCCCCUCACCACAGCUGCUAGGGCCCCCUCACCACAGCUGCUGGGGCCCCCCUCACCACAGCUGCUGGGGCCCCCCUCAGCACAGCUGCUGGGACCCACGCACCACGGCACUGGGACCCCCUCACCACAGCUGCUGGGGCCCCUUCACCACAGCUGCUGGGGCCCCCUCACCACGGCACUGGGACCCCCUCACCACAGCUGCUGGGGCCCCCUUCACCGCCUGUUUACACCCAUGAGAACAACACUAGGGCUGAAGCCACUCCACUAUUGCUAAGCCAGCUUUCAAGUCAAUUUUAAUUGUUGUUUUUUUUAUCCUAUUUAUUUUCACACCGUUUCAAAGAUGGAGACAAACAUGAUUGCACGUUGCACUUACACACUCAGGAGUAGAUGGUUUUUUUAAUGUGUUUUUUUAAUGUUUUUAAAAGCCAUAUUUUGAACAUCUUUGUUAACGAUGUGUACGAACGGAGAGGUACUCUUCGGUAUUGUUUCUCCAGAGCGGGUUUGGUUUUACUGUAACUUUAUUAGUUGAGUCUCUAUAAUGCGAUAUGUGUACUGUAUUGUAUACAGGGUGCUGUGUGCAGACAGUCCUGGUUGAUGUUUGUGCAUAUUUGUAAGUAUUGGACUGUAUAUUAUUAAUAAUAUUGCCUAGAACUUUCAUUUAAUUUGUGCCAUGUAAUGGUGCAAUAAUGGGAUAACUCUUGGUUUUUGUCUUGUAAAAGAAACUUGUUUUGUUUUCUGUCAUGCACAGGAUAUACUUGAAUGAGACAAACUAGAACAUUCUUUAGUUCUUUUAAACAGGGUACCUUUGCGAGCUAACUUGGCUGAAUAACUAUUUUGUUUGUUUGCUCUUGUGGUUACCAAAUAAUAAACUUUCAGUAUUUUAGGAUAUUGUUACUUAAAGAAAUAUAUGAGAUUGAAGUACAGGGGGUAUUCCAAAAAGCAGGUUAUGUGACAUACCCAGGGAAAGUUACCUCCCCAGCAGACACCCAGCGUUGCUGCAACAUUGCCAGUAGGUUGCUGCAACAUUGCCAGUAGGUUGCUGCAACAUUGAGAAUCAGCUGGUGGGUUAAUUUACCCGGUUAUGUUGCACAACCUGCUUUAUGGAAGAAAAAGAACCAAGUCAGAGCUUCUGACCUGUACAUUUCUAAAGAUACAGAAAAUAUAUUGUUAAGUAAAUAAAACUCCAGAAAAACUUUCAUUAUAUAAACAAAUUAUAUGUUUUAUGUAGAUGGUACACUUUAAUCAGCUGUGUGGAACAAUCUUAUACGUGAAUAUUUGUGCUUAAACAAUGUUUUUAGGAAUGUGCCUAAAAAUCCAAAAUCUGUAGGCCAGAAACUAGUCUUGACUUAUGACAACCGUUCACAUGAAAAAGGGAACUGAGAAAAUAAAGACGUUUUUGAA